AUGGGGAGCUACACUGACGUCGACCAAUUGGCCAUCAACACCAUCAGAGUGCUGGCUAACCCCAACUGGGUUAACAGGGAUCGAUUCGUCCUCUCGAACGGACAUGGUUGUAUGCUCCAAUAUGCUUUACUCCACCUGUUUGGAUAUGCUGUCUCGUUGGAAGACUUAAAAGCCUUCCGGACAAUCGAUAGCAUUACCCCUGGCCAUCCCGAAGCCCAUGAUACACCCGGUGUUGAAGUAACAACUGGACCGUUAGGUCAAGGUUUCGCCAAUGCUGUUGGCCUUGCCAUUGCCCAAGCCCAUACUAGUGCCGUGUUCAACAAGCCUGGCUUCGACCUCAUCAACAAUUACACCUACUGUAUCUUCGGCGAUGGAUGUGCGAUGGAGGGUGUUGCCAGUGAGGCAGCCAGUGCUGCUGGUCAUCUUCAGCUAGGCGGCUUGAUUUGUUUGUAUGAUGACAACCAUAUCUCUAUCGAUGGCGAUACCAACGUCGCAUUCACUGAGGACGUCAUGAAGAGAUUUGAGGCAUAUGGAUGGCACACAAUUCAUGUUGAGGAUGGUAACCAUGACCUCGCCGGCAUUGAGGCUGCUAUCCAGAAGGCGAAGGAGGUAAAGGAUAAGCCAACCGUCAUCAAAGUCACGACAACCAUCGGUUUUGGCUCAAAGCUCCAGGGAACCGGUGGAGUCCACGGAAGCGCCCUGAAACCCGAUGACUCCAGGGGAGUAAAGCAGCUCUUCGGGUUCGAUCCUGAACAAAGCUUUGUCGUACCCCAGCAGGUCUAUGACCUUUAUCGGAAGAAGGCCACCGAGGGCGCUGCCAGGGAGCAGGAAUGGAAUGCUCUUCUUCAACAAUAUGCAUCCAAGUACCCUGCCGAACAUGCUGAUUUGGUCCGUCGGCUUUCUGGGAAACUUGCUGAAGGUUGGGAGAAGAACCUUCCUAGAUACUCCCCAAGCGAUGCUGCAGUUGCAACCCGCAAGUUGUCUGAAACUGUGCUCGAAAAGAUCCACAAUGUUAUCCCCGAGCUUUUGUCUGGAUCGGCCGACUUGACUGGCUCAAACAACACCAGAUGGAAGCACGCUGUUGACUUCCAGCCACCAAGCACUGGCCUCGGUGAUUGGUCCGGCCGCUACCUCCGCUAUGGUGUGCGAGAACAUGGAAUGGCCGGUAUCAUGAACGGCAUUGCUGCUUACGGGACCCUCAUCCCCGCUGGAGGUACUUUCCUCAACUUCGUAUCUUAUGCCGCCGGUUCCGUUCGCCUAUCUGCACUUUCGCAAGUCCGCACAAUCUAUAUCGCAACCCACGACUCCAUUGGUCUUGGUGAAGAUGGCCCCACUCAUCAGCCCAUCGAGACCCUUGCCCACUUCCGUGCCUUGCCAAACGUCAUGGUCUGGCGCCCAGCCGAUGGUAACGAGACAAGUGCCGCUUACUACUCUGCUUUGACAUCGCGACAUACCCCUUCCAUCUUGGCCCUGACCCGCCAGAACUUGCCACAGCUCGAAAGCUCCACCAUCGAGAAAGCCAUCCGUGGUGGAUACGUUGCUCUUGAGACGCCAAACGCCGACAUCACCCUUAUCAGUACUGGUUCGGAAGUCAGCCUCUGCAUUGACGCGGCCAAGUACCUCAAGGAGAAACAUAAUAUUGUCGCCCGCGUUGCCUCCAUGCCCUGCUUCGAGGUCUUUGAUGUCCAGGAUAAGGCAUACAGACUUUCCGUCAUCCCAGACGGCAUCCCUGUCAUGUCCGUUGAGGUCCUGAGCACCCUUGGCUGGGAGCGAUAUUCACACGAACAGUUCGGUCUUAACCGCUUCGGUGCUUCUGGUCCUUACAAGGAUGUGUACAAGAAAUUCGAAUUUACCCCUGAAGGUAUCAGCAAGCGCGCCGUCGCCACCAUCGACUUCUACAAGGGUGCCUGCGUCCGCUCUCCUCUCAACCGUGCCUUCCAGCAAAUCAUCUAA